UUUUUUUUAUCUGCGGUUUUUUUUAUUUAUUUAUUUUGUGGGAAGAAAAGGGUUGUUUUUUCACCCCCUCUCAAAAAAUCUGUUCUGUUCAAUAUCUGUGUUAAUUCGAAAAAAAAGAAGUGUUCAUUGUUUACACCCACAAACACACCCACUGCGAUCAAUGUGAUUGUCCAAUAAAAAUCAAUCAAUCAAUUUUUUUUCUACUUUGGAUUUCUGACCAGACACGGAUAAUGUUCAUACAUUAAUUGAAUUGAAAAACCACACACACACACUGCCUGUCUAUAAAAGUUUUUAUUAAUCCUGCAGUAUUCUAUACAGGAUUAAUUCCUGUUUUUUGGUCAAAAUUCAACUGAAGUGAAGUGAAGUGAAGUGAUCACCCAGAAAGUCUAUUAAAAAAUGAUCAAUAAACAACAACAACAAAAUGAUGAUGAUAGUGAUAGUGAUGAUAAUGAAAAUGGACAUCGAUCAUCUGCAUCCGUCGACAACGACGACGCAUCUUCUUCAGCCAAAUCAAUUCAAAAUCAAUCAGAAUCAUCAUCGAUAAUGAUAAUCACGAUUUGGCCACCACCACCAUGGUCAUCUAAAUAUCAACUGUCAAAUGAAGAUGAUGAUUAUAAAUACAGCAGCUAUCUAGUUGAUCAGAAUCAUUUUUAUCUGGAUGAUGAUCAACAACAACCAAAACAACAACAAAUAUUUCAUGUCCAACAACCAAAACAUAAACGUAGAAAAACAAGUGAUAAUAAUAAUAAUUUAACCCUGAUGUUAACGAAAGUGUUGAUUAUGAUGAAUAAUAGAACAAACCAUUGUGAUGAUCAACAUGAUGAUAAUCGAAUUAAUGAAUUAAAUUUUUUACCACGAAAAUUAUCAUCGUUAGAUGAUGAUAAUGAUCUAAGGCCAUAUUGUGCGGAAAAAUUAUUGUCCACUCCACUUUUAGGCCAUCUUUUUCUUCAUCAUCAUCAUCAUCAAUGUUAUCGUCGAUAA